AACGAAAACGAUAUUCACUCUUUUCUCCAACUUAUCUUGAGUAUUAAACUGCCCAAUGAACAAGCUUUAUUUCUUUCGUAAUAUCUUCAUAGACAGGGUUGAUGUUUCAAUCAUGAGUCAUUCCUGUUUAGUCGGAGCCCGCGGAUCUAUAUCCAACGUCUUGGCCUGACUUUUAUAUACUUCAAUUCAUGAGAUUCUGGUUGAUUCGAGAGCUCUUUGUCUGAGUUAUCUAGCCUAGCUUUAGCUUCACAAUCCUAACUUAUUUAUUUCCAGCUUUUCUAAUGGGAGUCUUACCAAAAAGAAAGUAGUAACAAUACGGAGAGAUGCCUUCUGCUAUGCGGCGAUCCGAAGUAUGUAAUGAAUGCUACCGUCGUAUGUAGUCAAAUACUCCCGUUGCCGGACGGACCCCGCGGAAUCCUGGCUUGCCUCUUCGCAUAUCCACUUCGGCCUCUUGGCCGAGAAUUAUGCGUUUCAUUUUGAUGUCACUCGAUUCUAUUACGCGGUAAUAUAAGCCUUUUUUCUUACCCCUAAUAGAUUUCUAUAUAAUAUAUUCCCUCUCCCGAGAGGUACCAACCAUAGAUUGACACCAUUGAGCAAUAUUGAAGAUGAGAUUAUUCACCAACGCCUGGCAGUUCCUCUCGGGGACGAAGCGGGACUCAAAAUCCAAACCUCCUUGUUUACUUUCGAUUCGAUCCUCGACCACUUUGAUAGUAUUCACUGUGGGCUUGGCCAUCUUCACCGAUAUCUUCUACUAUGCGUUGAUCGUUCCGGUCAUCCCCUUUUCGCUCACCGUUCAAGUUGGAAUCGCCGAGGAUCAAGUGCAACACUGGACAUCGAUUCUUCUAGCUUGCUAUAGUGUAGCCUUACUCAUUGGCAGUCCCAUUGCUGGAAUAUAUGCCGACCACACGUCGUCGCGACGGUGGCCUUUGCUGAUCGGACUAAUCGCACUUGCUGCGUCGACUCUGUUGCUAUGUUUCGGUAACUCGAUAGGCCUCCUGGUCGUGGGCCGAAUUCUCCAAGGUUUUAGUGCGUCCAUCGUCUGGAGUGUAGGAUGUGCGCUACUUGUUGACACUAUGAAGAGCGCGGUAGGCGUUGCUAUGGGGUACGUCGGCGUAGCGAUGAGUGUCGGACUGCUUAUUGCUCCCGUGAUCGGUGGUUCGGUCUACGCCGCAGCAGGCUAUUAUGCCGUUUACUACAUCGCCUUUGGCGUCGUUGCGGUAGAUAUCCUACUACGACUGCUGAUGAUCGAGAAGAAGGUUGCUAGGCAGUGGAUAAAAGAGGACGAGACACCUGGUCCUUCAGAAGGAGCAAAUCAGGUCGACAUAGAGACGGGCACCUCACCCACCACGCCGGAUCUCCACGGUCGUGGGGAUUAUAUUGAAGCAAGCAGAACACGCAAUCUUGCAGAGCCGAGUUCAAAGGAUAAGAGCCAGCUUCAAGGUAGUAAUAAUGAAGAAAAACGGACCGAAACUACGAAUAUACCAAAUCAAGACCUGGUAGGUCCCACAGAGAGUAUUAGCAUAUGGUGUGCUUCUAAAAGCCUUUUGAAGUCCACGAGGCUAUUUGCCGCACUAUAUUGUCUCCUAGUUGAGUCCGGCAUCAUGAUGGGAUUCGACGCUACACUGGCUUUAUUCGUUCAGCGCACCUUUGGGUGGAACUCCACCGCUGCCGGGAUUCUUUUUCUAGCAGUAUUUCUCCCAGGUUUCAUCUCCCCGUUGGUUGGUUGGCUCGCGGAUAAGUACGGUGCGAGAUGGCCGUGUUUCUUCGGAUUCUGUGUUAUAAUACCGUUACUUGUGUGUCUCCGUUUCGUCACGCAGAAUAGCAUUCGGCAUAAGGUACUUCUUUGCUUCUUGCUUGCCUUGCUAGGUAUUGGGCUAGCAUUCGCAAAUGUCCCUCUCAUGGCUGAGAUCACGUACGUUAUCGAGGCGAAAGUCGCCAAGCAACCAGGAAUAUUUGGAGAGAAAGGUGUUUAUGGACUCGGUUACGGGCUUUUUAACGUGGCGUUCUCUCUUGGAGGAGUCGUAGGGCCGCUAUGGGCCGGCUAUGUUGUAGAAUCGGCAGGAUGGGGAACCCUGACUUGGAGCUUUGCUAUCUGGGCAGCAUCUGGAGCAGUAGUGGCUUAUUUCUGGCUUGGCAGAGAAGCCACAAAGAUAGAGAGGAUAGACAUGAGCCAACACAAUUUGGUCUUCUCGAACUUCGCCCUCAGAAAAUACCAUUGA